AUGGAAACGUCGUGAAUUACGAGAGAAAGGAAGGGCGAAUGGUGAUGUAAAUAACGUGCGCUAAGACCUAAACGUGGGAAUCUUGUCGAUGACUUUCACAGCACGCUCUUACUUGCCGCGAGCUGUUGCCUACUAGUAGUCCAACAUGUUCAAGGACACGCCCGCUUCGUGUGUCCGCCUCCUCAAUCUGCGGACUCUGGCCGGGAAAAUGCUAACUGCAGGCCGUUCAGUCAGAGUGGAUACACAGAUCUGACUCCAGGGCCAAUGACUGUGCAGAUAGAGGAGGUUGUGGUACAUGCAGGUUCUCCUAUGAGACUGGAGCUACUCCAAGUGAACAACCCUACACCAUGUCUGAUACUUGACCACAUUCCUCACAAUCCAACGAGCCAGCCAGGAGGCAACUGCAAAGUAAAGGAGUACCCAGUUGGUGCUUGCACUGGAAGCUCGUAUUACUUGACAGUGAACAUACCAGAUGUCGACUGCGAUAAGUGUCAGCUGCGACUGUCUUACAUUAAUGUUGACUCUCUCACCGGAAGCAAUAGCUCCUGUACAACAUCGAACUGCAUAACAUACUAUUCAUGUGCUGACAUCAAGAUUAGAGGUGAGAAGACAUUGGACGAGGCAUGCAGGCCAUCUGCAUCAUCUUGGCCGUACAGACCACGCUUUAGCUUUACAGCUGACAUGAAACCAGAAAAUGAGGUUCCACCCGUCAACACAUCGAAUGCUGCCGGAUCAGCAACUUUGACAUUGAGGGACAAUACAUUGGAAUACAUAAUCUCAUAUCAGGGACUUGGCCAAUUUGCUGCAGCUCAUAUACAUGGACCUGCUUCUCCUACAGAGAACGCUGGUGUGCAGUACAUUAUAUCGGAGUUUACGAAACUUGGUGGCUCUGAUGAGGCUCAAGGCAAGUGGACAAAUCUCACUGAAACCCAGAUUGAUGAUAUGAAGGAUGGACUGUACUAUAUCAAUAUCCACUCAAAUGACUUUCCAGAUGGAGAAAUCAGAGGGCAGAUACUUCUUACUAAAUCGGAAUUUUUACCUGGUAGUUACGUGAGCGAAGAUGGUGACUACAACAGUGACGGUUGGCUGAGUGGACAAGACUUUGUUGGUGCUGCUGCAACUGCAUCUCGUUUUGUUGUCGGGUUUGGUCAAUGUUCUGUGAACACAAAAUGCUUUGGAACUGUAGUGAAAUCACCUGAGACGUCCAAUGUCAUUGGCACCGCGGCUAUUCAGAUGACUAGCAACAGAGCUUGGUUUGGAUUGGAUGUCGGCAAUCGACCAGGAGAUAUACAAGCUGUCAGGAUUGAGCAGAAUGAAGUUUAUGACUCUGAAGCUAUUGAUUUGACUGAAUUUCGUAAGACACCAGGACAUGUGAUGGGAGUAUUGGAACUGAACUCUCAGCAGUCGAAUGCCCUAGAAAGGGGAGGCUUCAAGCUGACAGUGACGUUUACAAAUUCUCCAAUCACACUAACUGGGAAAUUUGAGCAAGGAAUGAUUGCAAUGCUGAAUAAUGAGUUUGAGGUUCCAAAGUCACCCAAAUCGCCACAAGGCGUGGGAACUGCAUUUAUUAGAUUUCGAAGAGACACAUCAAUCAACGUCGAUAUAACAGUCAGUGGGUUGAGCACUGAUCUCACGAAGGCUCAUAUUCAUGGUCCUGGUCGUCAAGGUCAGACUGGUCCCUUGAGGUUUGACCUGUCUACUGAUAUCAACAAUCUGUCGAGUUCGGAUGCUCACGUGCAGUCAACUGUUUCGGAUCUGCUUGCUGACCAUGUGCGGUACAUGUGGGAAAACAGAUUGUAUAUCAAUAUGCACACUGUGCUUGCACCAACAGGAGAGUUACGAAAUCAGAUUUGUGCUCCUGGCAGCUGGCAGUGCACUGUAAAUGACAUCAACUUAUGUUUUGCUACAAACUUGACUGUUGAACAAGCUGUUCCUCCAGUUAAACUACCAACUUCCACAGUUUACAGACCGAAACCUGCUGGUUUAGCAGGUGCAAAGUUUGACCGUCUGGGAAAUUUGCACUACAGUAUUGCCCUUCACAAUGUUCAGAAGGCUGAUAUCACAGGAGCUAACAUUCAUGGUCCCGCUGCUGCUGGAGAGAUUGCUCCUAGCAUUGUCGUUAUAAAUCAUACGCUCUUUACUCCCAAGGCUGGACAACGAGAUCGAGUGUUAGAAAUCAGUGGGUGGACGACUCUUACCGACGAGCAAAAACGAUACGCCAGCGAAGGACGCCUAUACUUCAACAUCCGAACCUCCGACUACACCAACGGUCUCCUCCGCGGCCAGCUGCCUCCCAUCCAACGCUCUCGCUGUGCAUCAUCCCCGCAAGAUAUCUCACUCCAAAGCCCAGACGGCGACGAAAGAUUCGAUCCGGGACAUCCAUACGAAGACCUCUACGUCCAAUCGGGCGACCGCAUAACCAUCCAGUAUCCGGGAAAUAACAGAGUCUAUCUAUUAGACAACCAAAAUAGUUACGACCAAUGUGCAGUUCUCGACUCUCAAAUCAUCGGCGACAGUAUCGGCGACGCCAACACCGUGAAUGUUACCUUUAUUUUUACACAACCGGGAACGUACUAUUUCGCGGGCAACGAGGCGGACUGCAAGAAGACGCCGGCGAUGAAAUUUCGCGCCAUUGCCGUCGCUGGUGUCGAUCCCGACGACGUUUUGCCGGUUGAGACGUGCCAGUCGACGUCGUUUGCGGCCGUCGUGGUGGCGAAGGAGGAUGGAGGAAGUCAGGGGUCGGCGGUGGUUGCUGCGGCGUUCGUCGGGUUGGCGGUCGGUGCCGUGAUUCUUGUUCUCAUCUUUGUGAUGAACUAUCGACGAGCGAGAUCGGGAGCGUUCGAUGUGAAGGAAUGAGUAAAAGGUACUCGAUGUGAGUUUUUUUAUGUUGUUGAUAGAUGGGUCGACGGAUUGAGUUGUUUGAUAAGUCGUGUUUUCGUUUUGUAAUACUGUAUGGAUUUGUUUACGAUAUUUAAUCGGAUAUAAAAUUAUCAGGGUAGUAGCAGGGGUCUGAGACCGCUUGCUGUCUAAUUGCU